AUGUUGACCGGUGCACAACCACUUUAUAUAUCCCCCGCUAUCAUGGAAACAAACCAGAUCGACCAUGCCAAUAUACUUCAAGAUGGCCCCAGAACAAGUAAUGUCGAUCCCGCAUUAAAGGGAUUUCCAACAUUGGCACGCUGGUAUAUCGAUGUUCGAGACUGGGAGGCCAAUGGUCUAGAUCUCCCACUGAUAGAGACCUUACGACCAGCCGAGCAACAAGCCGUGAAGAGAUACCACUUCGCCGCAGACCGACGCAUGUCAUUGUCAUCCAACCUGCUGAAGUACUUAUACGUCCAUCAUGCAUGCGGUGUACCAUGGAAGGACAUACUCAUCAGCCGGACCGAGAUGCCGCAAAACCGACCAUACUACGAAUCCAAAACUCCCACCCGGGUCGAAUUCAACGUCAGCCACCAAGCAUCGUUAACCAUACUGGCCGGAACCAUUGCGCCCUCAAAUGACCCGAUGGUGAAGACGCCCCAGGCCCCUCCCCCCCAACUCGGCAUCGACAUAACAUGCAUCAACGAGCGCCGCAACAAAAACCCAACAACACUCCACGACUUCAAAGAAUUUGUCACAAUAUUCAGCGAUGUCUUCUCACCCACCGAACUCGCCACAAUGACGAACCCAAAACAAGCACUCCUCCAAGCCAGACGUCUAGGCUACGCAAACAACGUCCUCCCCGAAUGCACCAAUCCCGACGGCACGGAAUUUCACAACUUAGACUCAAUAAUCACCUACGGCCUCCGACUCUUUUACUCAUACUGGGCUUUGAAAGAAGCUUAUCUAAAAAUGACCGGCGAAGCCCUCCUCGCGCCUUGGGUGAAAACACUCGAAUUUAAAAAUGUUUUUCCUCCUGAACCUAUUCAACUUUCGUCCUCCGCAAAUUCAAAUUCAGGCUGCCAGUGGGGUCCUAUUUACCCACACGUCGUGGUAACCCGCGACGGAACCGAACUUCAAAAUGUCCGUCUACAGCUUCAAGCUUUCGAAACGGAUUUCAUCAUCGCGACUGCGGCUCUAGGACCACAGAUCGGUCCUAUUCCUGACUCCGCACGAAACGAGGCCUUGCACCAUUUAGGGAGUUUCAGUACCGCUGAUGCGAGCGGCAGCCAGAAGGAAGUUGAAUUUGAACAUAUUCCUCUUUCGACUAGGAGGGUUGUUGGUGACGAGGAUCCUUGGACUGGUGGGACGGGAGUUAUUACAGAUCCUUGGCUGCCUAUUCAGGAGGUUGAUGUUGAGUUGGAUAUAAGGGCUUGUGCGGAGGGACGUUGUUUGCAUGGUUUUUCUGGUGUUGGUGGUGAAUGA